CUUGUUUCUCGUGUUCAUCUAUGGAUUGCAAAAAUGUCUGGGUCUGGAAACUUGUGAUGCUAAAAGUGAAUGAUAGACGCACUGGAGUACGCAGCUGUGCAUGACAAAUUUUUCGGUUGCCAUGUCUUACGUAUUCCGCAUGGCAAACUGCGUUUUUGCAUGACAGGCCAGAGGGCUUUUUCGUGCCUAUGCAACACAAAUUCUCGAGUCAUGCCAGACAAGCAUGACAGACACAGACUUGCAUUCUUCCAGACCCAGACGCUUUUACAUUUGAUGUCAUCCCGGGGUACUCCUGCCUCUACCUAUCAAAAGUAAAAAUGUCUGGGUCUGGAAACUUGUGAGGCUGGGUGGCGUCUCAAGAUGAGGCUACAGGUGCUGGCUUAGCAUGACAAGUUUCUGAGCUCCUAGGUGUUGCCUAUUCUGCAUGACAAACUGCGCUUCUGCAUCACAGAAAAGCGGAGCUCUUGGGUAACGUGCAUGACAGAUUUGAGAGUCAUGCCAGACAAGCAUGACAAACAUGAAUUCUUCCAGACCCAGACACUUUUACGGUUGAUACUACCUGUGCUACUACCACUCGGCCAAGAGCUGGGCAGUGAUUAGCGAGAGCCUGCUCCCCUUCAUCGCGAUGAACGACCGGGAGGUGAUGGAGAAGGAACUGAUCACCUUGUUCG